AAUGAAAAUAUUUGCUUUAGGUGUGGCUCUAUUCUUUUGCUAAUCAACAACAUAAAAAAACAACCACUUACUACUCCUAUCAUUACUAUUAUUAAUUGAAUUGGCUGCUAUUAAAUUACAAAUGUUAUUAAGCAAAUUAAUGCUGCUACUGAAACCAAAAGGUUUAUCAUCUGAAAUGAUAUAAGUCUAAUUUUGUUUUAAUGAACUUCAAAUUCAUUCUCAAAGUUAGGAUCAAAAAAAUUCAACUUCCAUUUAUCAAAUGGCAAACUAAUCAUUUAAUAACUUAGAUAAAUAAUAAAAAUGUAAAGCUUGCUAAAAAAAACAAUUCAUAUGCUUAAUUUUUAACAGAUUUUUAAUUGAGAGCGAAAAACAAAUAAAUAAAAUAAAUUUUUACCUUUGUAUUUAUAAAUAUAUAUAUUAAAAUUUAUUUACCCAAAAAGAUGGAAUUUGAGAAGUACAUGUAUAAAACACAUUCCUUCUUUUUAUCAUUUUAUUUGAUUAGACUUUUUGUAAAAUUGGGUUCAUUAAUAUUCCCAAUUUUAAGUAUUUUAGGAUUUUGUGCUUUAUUAUCACUACACUUUAAUCAAUUUUUCACAGAGUCUAAAUUAUAAGAGAUUGACUUAAGUAUUCUUAAUUAUUGAUCUUAGAAAAUUUUGAUAAUGAAACUGUGUACAUUUUUACAAUUACAAAUUUUAAUAAUGAAAAUCUCAAUGAAUUUUAUAAAUACACUUAGUCCUAAAGUCUGUUGUUAUUGUAAGAAGAAUUUUUAAACAAAUAUAAUUUUUCUUAAAAAACUAUAUUGAUAGAUGGAGAUUCAUAUUUAAGUGGAUUGAAUUCAAUUUUGUCAUUUGCAACAAAUAUUGAGAGUUUUUUUUUGAUUGAUCUCUUAUAACAUAUGAAUUAUUCUACUAUGUAGAUUAUGAAUAUGUAAACUAAUGUUUCAUAUAUUUGGGAGGAAGCUUAUUUUGAAGGUUUUUUUUUAAAUUAUAAAAGAAUAUUAUGCAAAUACAUUCUUAAAAAGAAUUUAUUAUACAAUUUUGAGAAUAUGCAAAUGCACUAUUGGAUUGUUUUACUAAUCUAUAACAGCCUCUAUUUAUUUUAGAAUGCUAUUUAUAUAUGUACCUGCUUUUUCAAUAAUUAUAAGUAAUGUUUUAAAAAAUAAUUAUCUUAGUAGGUAUGAUAACUUGUAGAAAUGAUGAAGAAUUAUAAUAAUAAGUAUUGGCUAGAGGUUAUCCUUGGAUUAAUAAUUAUUAUUAUAUCUUGGUAAGUAAUAAUAAAUUUACAAAUCAUGUUUUUGAAUCCUAUUAAUAAACUUUUUAUAUGUUUUUAUUUAUUUUCUGUUUUGCUUGGGAUUAAUUAAAUUCCAUAUAAUUUAAGAUGUAUCAUUCUUAUAAUUUAAUAGAAAAUAUUAUUAAGUAUUUAAUAUAAAUGUUUUAGGCAUACUUUAUUUUUUGAAUACUUAAGUAUACAUUUUCUCAGAACAAGAUCAUCUUUGUAUUUUGUUGCAAAAUAUUGCUUUAUCAUCAGAUUUUUCAUGUAAUAUUAUAUGUAAUCUACUUUAUUUGGGCAUUAUAAAUUGGUUUAAUACAUUAGUUUAUUUGGCUAAUUAGGAGUUUUUUGUUACUUUAUUCAUAAAUUUGAAAUACCAGCAUUAAAUUGGUCUGAUCAAUCACCUUACACACCAACAAUUAAUAGGCCAAGAGCAUAUUAUAUACCUUUGUUUACAAUUAAUAUGAUUUAUGACACACCUCAAUUGUGGACAAUUUUUUAUCCACUUCAUGGAAGGAGGUAGCUCUUUUUAUAAUUUAUAGAUACUUUUAAUUAUAGAAUUUGGCUUUAGUAGAUUAGAAUUUCCCUCUAUUAAAUUAAAUUUUAUAGUAAGAUAUUUAAUAAGAAUUUUAAAUCCAAUAAGAUUAAGAAAUUCAAAUUAAUAUAAAUUAAUAAAUUUAGCCUCCAGCUCUCAAUCCCCAAAAUUAAAUUAUUGAUCAAUAAUAAUAAUAAUAAUAAUAAUAAUAAUAAUAAUAAUAAUAAUAAUAAUAAUAAUAAUAAUAAUAAUAAUAAUAAUAAUAAUAACUUAAUUAAAAUGAUUAAGCUUAAGUUGUACUUUAGAUUUAAGAAACUUAACAGUUUAAUUAAGAGUAGCAUAUUAUAAAACUGUAUGAAUGA